UUUUCUCACUAAGUCGGAACCCGGAAAUACGUCACCAGCUUGCGACCGCUGCCAUUUUGACGUGAGCGAAUAGCUGGGAAAUUGCGUGUUUAUUGUUUCGUAUUGUAACUUACACAUAAAACUCUUCACUAUGGCGAUGCAAGCGGCGAAACGUGCCAAUAUACGGCUUCCCCCAGAGGUGAACAGAAUUCUAUACAUCAGGAACCUUCCUUACAAGAUUACGGCCGAGGAAAUGUAUGAUAUCUUUGGGAAAUAUGGACCUAUACGUCAAAUCAGAACAGGGAAUACGCCUGAAACAAGAGGAACAGCCUAUGUGGUGUAUGAAGACAUCUUUGAUGCCAAGAAUGCCUGUGACCACCUGUCAGGCUUUAACGUCUGCAACCGUUACCUGGUUGUUCUCUACUACAACGCAAACAGAGCAUUCCAGAAAAUGGACACAAAGAAAAAAGAGGAGCAGUUGAAGCUUCUAAAAGAGAAAUACGGCAUCAACACAGACCCUCCAAAGUAAUGUUCUGGAAACCCUCUGCUCCCAUUUUUGAUUUACCUCUGGAGUUUUUGUUCAUGUAAAACUUUUUCAUAUGAUUGUAAUGAUUUACUGGUAGCAUUUUUAUUUCUUAAAUUUUAUGCUCUGUUGUGUCCAUCUACCAUGUGUAAAUUUUUGAAAAUGAAACACUUUUCACUGGCAUUUAUAUAGUGACUAUUGAAACCAUUCACAUGUUGAAAUUGCUCUACAUGUGUUUAUCAGACCUUUCAAUAUUACAGACUUUGAAGCUAACCAUCAAAAUGUAUUUGAUCAGUACAGACUGUGUACAGUAUAAAAUUCCUGUAAAAUAAAUUUUCAUUUUUCCUAAAGAAAACAA